AUGAAAUGUAAAAGAGUGGGGCAUUUUGCCAAAGUUUGCAAAACGAAGGAAGACGAUGCUAAUAGACCCAGGAAAGGAAAUAUACGCCAAGUCACCAAAGAUGAUGAUUUCGCCUUCACCUUACAGUCUAAUGGAAGAGAUAUUCCCACCGUAGACAUUGAGCUAGGAGGUGUUCGACUGGAAGGAGUUCUAGACGACUCUGGCUUCACUUGCAAUGUUAUUGACAGAGCGACAUGGGAGACGUUUAAGGAGAUGAAAGUGAAAUGUGUUUCAAGAAAAUCCAACAGAAAGCUGUACUCUUAUCGACCCAAUGAGCCACUUGCUACUGCUGGUGAGUUUGAAACUGAACUUUGUUAUAAGGAUAAACGUUGCCAUGUUUGUUUUAUUGUUGUGGAGGAGAAAGCAAGGGCAAUACAUAGCAGGGAGACCUCAGAGGAGCUGGCAAUACUGAAACUUGAAAUUAAUGCCAUGGAAGAAGAAAACCUACUUAGGAAUUUUCCUGAGUGUUUUGAGGGAGUAGGAAAACUUAAGGGUUUCCAAGCAAAGCUCCACGUUGACAUCUCAAUUAAAUCUGUUGCACAGAAGUUGAGACCCCCACCUUGUGGGCUAAGGGACAAAAUAGAACAGAAACUCAAGGAACUAGUGAACUGUGAAAUUAUCGAACCAGUUGAAGGCCCCACUCCAUGGGUAAGCCCGGUCGUGGUGGCUCCCAAACCCUCGGGGGACAUCAGACUCUGCGUAGACAUGAUAAAAGCCAAUGAGGCUAUCGUAAGGGAACAUCAUCCCAUUCCCACAGUUGAUGACAUACUCUAUCAACUGAAUGGAAGCAAAGUGUUCAGCAAACUAGACCUAAAAUGGGGAUUUCAUCAGAUUGAAUUGGAACAACAAUCGAGAGUUAUUACCACAUUCGUUACUCACAAGGGGUUGUAUAGGUAUAAACGCUUGAUGUUCGGAAUCAGUUCUGCCCCAGAGCUUUAUCAGCACACCACUCAACAAGUACUGGCUGGAUGUGAGGGUGCCUACAAUAUCCACGUUGAUAUAAUUAUCCAUGGUCGGAAGGUUGAAGAACAUGAGAGCAGGUUGCAAAAGACCACUGAGUGUAUUAGUGACAAAGGACUGACCCUCAAUCCGAAAAAGUGUGUAUUUAGAAUGCCACAACUCACCUUCAUGGGAUACCUGCUAUGA